AUGCCCGCACCAUCCAACUCGCAUAAGCGCCCUCAAGACCCCUUCUUCAAGACCGAUGACGACGGAAUGGAAAUCUUACAUUUCCUACAGAACCUGCAAUAUUUGUUUUUCUUGGACGAAAUCGAAGAAGACUCCAGGAAGAUCAAAGAGUUAAUCCGAAGGGCCAGAGAUUCGACCAGCGUUUCAUGGUGUUACGCCCUUCUUAACAAAAAUUCUAAUCUGGAAGAACUGACCUUUGAAGAGGUUCUGAAGUCGUUCCAAGCGGCCCACAUCAGUCACAAGCCCCAGUGGAAGCUGUGGGCAGAGUUCCUGGAACUUAAACAACAAGGAACUAUCGUUGAGUACACAGACGCAUUCACUCGCAAAACGUUGGGCUUUUCUCCGGACACCCCAAUCCCGGACCACAUAUUGCUCUGGCAAUACAUAGCUGGAUUGAAGGAACCCUUCCGCCAAAGAGUGCUCAGUGUAGACCCCCUAAACUUGAGUACGGCGCAGAAAGCGGCCCUCGGGGAGGCCUGGAUUCUUGAACAGCAACAGAUAGAAGAGGCCACAACAGCGUUCAGGAGAAAUUAUAGUACCAGUACUGGUCCAAAUCAUGAUAAGUUGAUGCAAAGAAGAGUUACGAAAACUGUGAAAAAUAGAAGACACCCAACUAGCAAGUUAUUAUGCUUCAAUUGCAACAGACCGGGACACUACAUCAGAGAAUGCCCUAUCAGAAGCCAAUAA